AUGAUGGCCAUGAACGCCAAGCAGCCUUUCGGCAUGCACCCGGUGCUUCAAGAACCCAAAUUCUCCAGCCUGCACUCCGGUUCCGAGGCCAUGCGCCGAGUCUGUCUCCCAGCCCCGCAGCUGCAGGGUAAUAUAUUUGGAAGCUUUGAUGAGAGCCUGCUGGCACGCGCCGAAGCUCUGGCGGCGGUGGAUAUCGUCUCCCACGGCAAGAACCAUCCGUUCAAGCCCGACGCCACCUACCAUACCAUGAGCAGCGUGCCCUGCACGUCCACUUCGUCCACCGUGCCCAUAUCGCACCCGGCCGCGCUCACCUCGCACCCGCAUCACGCCGUGCACCAGGGCCUCGAGGGCGACCUGCUAGAGCACAUCUCUCCCACGCUGAGCGUGAGCGGUUUGGGCGCCCCAGAGCAUUCGGUGAUGCCGGCGCAGAUCCACCCGCACCACCUGGGCGCCAUGGGCCAUCUGCACCAGGCCAUGGGCAUGAGUCACCCACAUGCAGUGGCGCCUCACAGCGCCAUGCCCGCAUGCCUCAGCGACGUGGAGUCGGACCCCCGAGAGCUCGAGGCCUUCGCCGAGCGCUUCAAGCAGCGGCGCAUCAAGCUGGGGGUGACUCAGGCGGACGUGGGCGCGGCUCUAGCCAACCUCAAGAUCCCCGGAGUAGGCUCGCUCAGCCAGAGCACCAUUUGCAGGUUCGAGUCUCUCACUCUCUCACACAACAACAUGAUCGCGCUCAAGCCCGUGCUCCAGGCCUGGCUGGAGGAAGCAGAGGCCGCCUAUCGAGAGAAAAACAGCAAGCCAGAGCUCUUCAACGGCAGCGAGCGGAAGCGCAAACGCACGUCCAUCGCGGCGCCGGAGAAGCGCUCGCUGGAGGCCUACUUCGCCAUCCAGCCGCGGCCCUCAUCUGAGAAGAUAGCGGCCAUCGCCGAGAAACUGGACCUUAAAAAGAACGUGGUGAGGGUCUGGUUUUGCAACCAGAGACAGAAACAGAAACGAAUGAAGUACUCGGCUGUCCAUUGA